AUGGAAGGGGAAGGGAAGCUGACGCUGUGUCAGGGUUCCCGGGAGCUGAGGGCAGACACAGAGUCCCCCGCCUCCCCCCGCAAAAUCCCCUUCCACUCUCGCACCCACAGCUCGCCUCCUCCGGGACCUGAGAAGACGUCCCCUUACCUGUGCGGAGACUUGUCACUCUGUAGCAAGUGGAGGGUACCUCCGGGUGUCCCGGGCGCCCGCCUCCAGCCCCUUCCUGGGGAGCAGCCCCCGCCCCACUCCCUGACACACGUCCCAGGUUGGGGCACGUGUUGUGUGCGGGCAGGGGGCAGAGGUGCCUCCAGGAGCCAGGCUGGAAUAUUCCUGGCUGCCACCCGCCACCGGCCUGUCCUGGGGGGCCAGCUGCCAGAGCGGAGAUGCUCCGGCCGGUCCGGGCCCGCCGUCAUCUGCCAGGAGCGCCAGGCGUCAGCUUUCGCUCACCAGGCGCCCGCCGGCUGCUCCCAGGCUGAGGCGAGUGGUUUAUUUUUAGAGCCCGGCCCUUCCCCAGACGCCAGGAUUCCAGCUGAGAUUUCCAGCGGCUCAAACUAG